AUGUUAAGAAUCAUUCAAGAAGCAAAGCAUGCUCAUUGGAUAAAAUUGGGAACAAUUGUAUUAUUAGUUAUUACUGGCAGUCUUUGUAUUGUUUUUCUAGUGAACAUGAUAACUCCUUAUGCAAGAUUGACUAAAUCUUGUCCAGCAAGUACUUUUAUAGAAUUAAUCUUCUGCAUUUUUGUCUAAAUAUGCUUAAUAUUAAGAUUAAAUGAUAUUUUGUAUCAAAGAAAAGGAGCCUCAUAUGAAAUAGGAUUAGAAAUUAUUGUAGCUGGAAUAGCAAUACUUUCAUUUAUAGAUUUUAUAUGUUGGUUCAUAAAUCCUGUUGCCAACAUUCUAGCAGCUUUCAUUUGCUUAUUUACAUUUAUUAUUGGAGGUUUUGAAUUUGCAAUAUGGAUUCUAUAGAGAUUUUAGAAAAAAGAGAGAGAAUAAGAAUUUAAUGUCAAUUUGACACAAUAAAUAUCGUAAACAGAAAACUAAAGCUCUGAAAAAAAAAAAUCAAAAUGUAUGAUUGCUUUAUUGUACAUUCUAUAUUGUUUUGUGCUUUUAUUAGUUAUUUUGAAUACAUGUUAGAUAAUUCAUGAAGCUAAUCAUCCAGGUAGUUUGGGAGAUGGUGAAGAAUAUUAUGUUGUUAAAAGUUAAGGUGAGGAUGUAAAAAUCAGAACUUAUUGUACUGGAUUGAAGAAUUUACCAUAAAUAAUUCUAGAAGCUGGAGGAGGUUCUAGUGGAGUUGAUUUUUAUGAAAUUCAAAGUCAACUAUCCUAAAAUUACAGAGUUUGUAGUUAUGAUAGGGCUGGUUAUGGAAUGAGUUGGUAAGCAGCAGCACCUUAAAGCUCUGAAAAUACAAUGAUAAUUGCUUAAUAAGUGAUGGAUAAAGUAGGGUUUAAUACAUCAAUACCAAAUUCAAUAGUUUGUGUUGGUCACUCUGUUGGAGGUUAACUAUGUCGAUAUUAUGCUCAAUAUAUGGUUAGCAUUUAAGGAAUUAUCUUAUUAGAUUCAGUACCUGUGAUGAAUUGGUUCUAUUUAGUAGGAGUAUGUUAAAAUUAAACUGCAAAUUAAGUUUAUGCAGAACAAUUAUCAAAAUAACCCCUUAUUUAAACUAUGGCCUCUUUAUGGCCAUUAUAUAUAGAAACACCAUUUUUUAUGUCUAGUUCAGGAUUCGAACCACCAAAUUUAUAAGAUUGGGUGAACUGGUAAAUAACUACAACAAGAAAUUGGUAUUCAUAAUCUUUAGGAUCUGCAUCUGAAGUGGAAGAAUGUAAUGAAUCAUGUAUGUAAGCUUCAAUUAUAAAUCCAUCAUCAAUGAUUAAUAAGCCAAUUAUUGUUAUCACUGCUUCAAAUCAAUCUAUUACCUGUGCUGAUAGAAAUUUAACAGAUUCAAAUUGUCAAUAUUAUUAAUGUUCAAUGAAUGCUUCUCUUGAAUUAGCAUAAGAUUAGUCUCUCUUAGGCAAUUAAAUAAGCACUUAUGUUGAAUGCCCCGGUAUUUGUAAUCAUGAUUUUGUAUGGAAGUAACCAAAUUUUAUAGUGUAAUAAAUUGAAUAUUACAUACCAUUGUUUUGA